AUGGAGCUUAAAUUCACAGCAUUUCACUCCCACUUAUUCUCAGACAUGAAGCACCAGCGUCCUCAUCAGCACCCAGAGAAAGAGAAAGAAGAAGAUGGUUCUUCUUCCCUCAGCUUGAGCAGCUUGUCAAAGCUUAUUCUUCCUCCUCUGGGUGUUGCAAGCUACAACCAGAAUCACAUCAGUUCGAGUGGAUGGAUCAUCUCACCAAUGGACUCAAGAUACAGGUGCUGGGAAUCAUUUAUGGUGCUUUUGGUAGCAUACUCUGCAUGGGUUUACCCAUUUGAAGUCGCCUUUCUACAUUCUUCACCAAACAGAGACCUUUAUAUCGCAGACAACGUCGUGGAUUUGUUCUUUGCCAUCGACAUUGUCUUGACAUUUUUUGUUGCGUACAUAGACCAAAGAACGCAGCUUCUUGUUCGUGAACCCAGAAAGAUUGCAACAAGGUACCUUUCGACGUGGUUCUUGAUGGACAUGGCGUCUACUCUACCGUACGAGGCAAUCGGAUACUUGGUCACUGGCAAAUCGAAGGUGAGCAUAUCUUGCUCUCUUCUGGGAUUGCUCAGAUUUUGGCGUAUCCGACGUGUUAAGCACCUCUUCACAAGGCUUGAGAAGGACAUAAGGUACAGCUAUUUCUGGGUCCGCUGCCUUCGGCUUCUAUGUGUGACGCUGUUUCUGGUGCACUGUGCCGGUUGCCUCUAUUACCUACUGGCAGACAGAUAUCCGCACCAAGGGAAGACAUGGAUAGGUGCAGUGAUCCCAAAUUUCAGAAAGACGAGUCUUUCUGUCAGAUACAUCUCAGCCAUUUACUGGUCUAUCACCACAAUGACCACAGUGGGAUAUGGCGAUCUUCAUGCAGUCAACACCAUGGAGAUGAUAUUCAUUAUAUUCUGCAUGCUCUUCAAUCUCGGCCUCACUGCUUACCUUAUUGGUAACAUGACUAACUUGGUUGUGGAAGGAACUCGGCGUACCAUGGAAUUCAGGAACAGCAUUCAAGCUGCAUCAAACUUUGUCUGUAGAAACCGUUUACCGGUUAGACUGAAAGAACAGAUAUUGGCUUACAUGUGUUUGAGGUUCAAAGCAGAAAGUUUGAACCAGCAGCACCUGAUCGAGCAGUUACCCAAAUCAAUCUACAAAAGCAUAUGCCAACACCUUUUUCUUCCAUCGGUGGAAAAGGUUUAUCUCUUCGAGGGCGUCUCAAGGGAAAUACUGCUUCUCCUGGUCUCGAGGAUGAAAGCUGAGUACAUACCACCAAGAGAGGAUGUUAUAAUGCAGAAUGAAUAGCCCGAGGAUGUGUACAUAAUCAUUUCAGGAGAAGUGGAAAUUGUGGACUCUGAGACGGAGGGGGAGCGUGUCUUAGGCACUCUAAGAUCUGGAGACAUAUUUGGAGAAGUUGGAGCAUUGUGUUGCAGACCUCACAGCUUCAAUUUUCUGACGUCACUUUCACAACUCCUCAGACUCAAAACAACUUCCCUUAUCGGAACAAUUCAGACAAAGCAACAUGACAAUGUCACGAUGCUCAAGAACUUCCUGCAGCAUCACAAAAAGCUAAACGAUUUAAACAUCGGAGAUCGACUGGUCGAAGGUGGAGAAGAUGAGAGUGACCGUUACAUGGCAUCUAAUCUGCUCACAGUGGCAAGUACAGGCAAUGCAGCUCUUCUUGAUGAGCUUCUCAAUGCUAAGCUGGACCCUGACAUUGGAGACUCCAACGGAAGAACUCCAUUGCAUGUAGCAGCUUCCAAAGGAUAUGAAGAGUGUGUUUUAGUACUCCUAAAGCACGGAUGCAACAUCCAUGUAAGAGAUGUGAAGGGCAACACGGCUCUGUGGGAGGCAAUAACAUCGGGAAACCACGCCACCUUCAGAAUCCUUUAUCGUUUCGCGGCCAUAUCCGACCCUCACACGGCAGGGGACCUUCUAUGCACAGCUUCCAGACAGAACAACGUACAUGUAAUGAAGGAUCUUCUGCAACUUGGACUCGACAUCUACUCAAAGGACCAGAAUGGCUUAACUCCGUUACAGGUCGCAUUGGCGGAGAAUCACAUCGACAUUGUCAAUCUGCUCGUGAACGUACCGAACAGGAGGAGGUUAAUGGUCGGAGGAGGGGAAGAUAGCAAAAACCGUGUGAGGGUGAGCAUUUACAGAGGAGAUCCAUUGGAGAGGAGAGGGAAAAGGUUAAGAGAAGCUGGUAAGCUUAUUCUGUUGCCCACUUCGCUCGACAAGCUCAAGGAAAUUGCAGGAGAGAAAUUUGGGUAUGACGCAAGUGGGACAGUGGUGAGGGCUGAAGCAGGAGCAGAGGUUGACAGUGUUGAGGUGAUUAGAGAUAAUGACAAAAUCUACUUUGUGGAAGAAUUUAAUCAAUAAAAAUUAGAAAACCAAUUGUCAUGACAUCAUCGUCAUCGAACCGGUUGAGUUCAGGAAUCUAUCUCUACAAUAUUAUAUAUAUGAUUAUAUUAAAUCCAAAACAGAUACAUA